CUGAAUCACUCAACUCAUUCACGUCGAGCAGGGAUGGAAUGGCGGGCGUGAUUCAGUCAGCACAUAAACUGUCUCCGUCUGUACACGUCUUGUUUAUUUGCGCACGACGAACACCGAGCUUACGGAAAACCCAGUUACGGACAGUGCGCUUAAUCGAUUACUAUUUAUAUAGGCCUAUUCAUUGACAGUCAAACGGCUUUUGUGUGAACGUGCAGGACAGGAGACUUCCACCUGCCCGGAGUUAAAAAAAAAACACAUCACGGAACUCUGCGGUUCACCUGAGGCGCACGAGGACAUCGUUUGCAUGAAACUGUGGCCAGAUAAAAGCAGUGGAUGCAACUUUGCUCCAUUUGUAGAAGAAAAGUGGAAGUGUGGGAGAGGCUCUGAAGAGGACCAGCUGACCACCGGCAGAUACGCCUCAGCUAAAAUUUCCUCCAAACCCACCCUGAAACGUACAAUGUCUCUCAACACAUUUCACCUCAUGCAGACUCUUAAGAACUCUCCAGCUGCGCUACGUCGCCGCUUUCGCCGCGACCGCACAGAAUCAUUAUCCCACGGAGACCCUCUUUUUAAGGUCCACUAUCUGGGCACAGAGAAAAUCUUCUCUCUGGAUCGAGAGCAGGCCCAGGACGCUAUUAGCCGCCUGCUGGGAGGUAUUGCAAAUGGGAAAAAGCUGAGCAAAGAUCACGCCCUGGUGGUACGCCCAAGGUAUGUCGAGGUCAAGGAACUGAGUACAGGUCGGCAGCUAACUAAGACCUACCUGCAGGACAUUGCGUACUGUGCCGCGGACGCCAACCGGCCCAAUGUCUUUUUGUACAUCUGCAAACAUCAGGGUCAGCAGCUGCAGUGUCGCGUGUUCUGGUGCAGCCGUGCAGAGCGGGCACUAGACAUGACGGCUUGUCUGGCACAUUCUUUCCAGCGAGCACUGAGUGACUUGCAGGACGGCUCGGCCACGCUGCAGCCAGGAGAGGUGAAGGGGAAACGCAGAGAGGAGUCGCCCAAAUCUGCCACCCUCUUAAAGAGCUCCACGUUGCCAUCCAGCCUGCGAAAAGUUCGCUGGAAGAAGAGGGGCUCUGUGUCCCACAGCCCUCUCAGAGCCAUCACGAGAAGAGGAUCUGCCUCUGACAGCUGGAACUGAAACCCUGAUUCUACCAUUUAAACAUGGACCACAUUAACCUGAUGACAACCUUGAAGAUGACAGCACUUAUCGGAGGGAUGGGGUGAUUACGAGACAGGACAAAGGGGAUGAAAACGGGAAGUGGGAAGGUCCAUAUUUAGAUGUAUGAGGACUUGUGAGAUGAUGAUGAUGCCAUAAUCAGUGAGCGUUUUGACUUGAAGGUCAUUGACACCGCAAAAGUUCUGUUGACUUUGCAAUUGUGGCGUCUAACGUAGCACCAAACGCUGUUGACGGACACCUUUGUUCACCUGCCAACAGCUAUGGUAGCACUUGUGACUGGCUGCAAUUCAAUUGUGGACCCGACUGGCUCAUUUUAGUGCCUUUUUUUUUAUUUUUUUUUUCUUGCUUGUUUCUAAGUGAUAUGAUAAGCCACCGAAGAGUUUGGUCUUUUUUUAAAUUUUUUACAGCUGACUUUUAUUUACCGGCAUUUGUGACAGGUUGUGAUUAUCUCAUUUUAUUGUUUUGAACUUUGUGGCACUACUAUUGAAUGGACAAAACCACCAUUGUAAUCUGUUGUGCGAGUUUUGGCCAAGAUUAUAUAGAUGUCAAGAUACAAAGGAAAAAUGCAGUCGUGUCACACAAAGUAUAAAUGAUUAGUUUGUAAUGAACAUAAAUGCAGUUAGUAAUUUCAGAGCACUUUGUCAAAUUUGACAUCUGAACUUAUCGGUUUAAUUCCAAAUGUCUUACAUUUUAAGAAGUCAGCAGCCGCAGCACCUGGAUUGUAAAUGGGGGGGGGGGGGGAAAUAGACCCUAGCAGAACGUGCAGGGUCAACAAAAUCCUCCCCUCAUCCUGCAAACACAAA